CAAUACUUGGAUUGUGUCUUCAAUGGCCAUGUCAUCCUCUUAAAGCGUGAACCUAAUGACUGCUGGGUGAAUGCAUACAAUGCAGAUCUGCUGAGAGCCUGGAAUGCCAACAUGGACAUCCAAUAUGUCAUUGAUGACUACAGCUGCCUGAUGUACAUGAUGUCUUAUGUCUCUAAACCCGAAUUUGAGAUGACACAAUUUCUUAAUGGAGUCAUCCAGGAGGUCAAAAAGUCCAAUGUCAAUGAAAGAGAUGAAAUGAAACAGAUAAUGCAGGCAUAUGCUAAACACAGAGAAGUCAGUGCCCAAGAAUCCGUGGCAAGGACAUGCAGCCUGCCACUAAAAAAGUGUUCACGCAGUGUGGUGUUCAUACAGACUGAUGAUGAUGCCCUGAAAAUGAGUCUCCCGAUGAGCAGGUUGCAGAGCAUGGCACCAGAUGAUGAAAAUGUGUGGAUGUCUGGAUUGCCAGAAAAAUAUGCAAACAGACCCAGAACACCUGAGUUUGAAAGAAUGUGUUUGGCUGAAUUUGCUUCAGAGUACAGGAUUCUCUACAGCCGUCAAACAGAGUCAAAAAAUGCCAUCCCUCUUUGAAUAACAUGGGUUAUAUUCAAAAGAGAACAAGAGGGAAACCUGCAAUAAUCAGAUAUCCUCGGUUCUCAGAAAAGAAACAACCAGAGAAGUUUUAUAGCAGACUACUAAAACUUUAUUUUCCACAUCGAUCAAAUGAUGACCUUAAAAACACAGAACACCCCACAUCCGAACAGUUCUACAAAAGUGGACGAAAACAUGGUUUUGCAGUACGGCCAAUUGUUACCUUUAACAAAAAGCGUUAUGAAAGCCAUGGCAAAACAAUGGAAAGGGCAUUGGAACAGAUUGAGCAACAAGGCCCACUUAUCAAUGCAUGGAACACCUUUGCACCUGAGGUUGAAGUAGAUCGUUUAGAGUGUGUGGCCCAACGACAAUCCAGACAUGACACUGACGAAAAUGAAAUGGACAUUGUUCCAGACUACCAAGUCAGUGGUAGCAGCAGUGGAGCCAUGCCAGCAAUCAUAGCACCAAAGCUGAGCCCAGACUUUGUCAGAAAAAUGUACCAAAGUCUGAAUGAAACCCAAGCAUCCAUAUUCUACGCAGUGCGUGAGUGGUGUUUCAAACUUGUGUGGGGUCACUGUCCUGAGCAGUUCUUUUAUUUUGUCUCUGGAGGAGCUGGCUGUGGAAAAUCACAUGUUAUCAAGUGCAUAUAUGAGGAGGCAACAAAGAUUUUGCACCAACUCCCCAGAUUCCGUGACCAAGCAGACAUGUCCUACCCUGCAGUCCUGCUGACUGCAUUUACUGGCACUGCAGCUUUUAACAUAUCUGGGAAAACACUGCACUCUCUGCUAAAGCUGCCAAAAUCUUUAAAACCGCCGUAUCAGGGACUGGGGAAUGCACUGGAUGAAGUGAGAGCUUCACUUUCAAAUGCAGAGAUUCUGGUCAUUGAUGAGAUAUCUAUGGUUUCUAAAGACCUUUUUGCCUACAUCCACUGGAGACUUCAGCAGAUCAAAGGAAACAAGAAGCCUUUUGGUGGGAUGUCUAUCCUUGCAGUAGGAGACUUUUAUCAGCUGCCACCCCUUGGAAAAGCCAAACCACUCUGUGUGUACGAGGACAAUGUCCUUGAUCUCUGGAAAGACUAUUUCCACAUGGUCAACCUGACAGAAAUCAUGCGACAGAAAGAUGAUCAUUCUUUUGCUGAAGUUCUGAACAGGAUAAGAGUGAAGCAAAAAACAGAUUCUCUUGAAGCCAAUGAUAAAGCCUUGCUCACACAGGCUAUCCAUGACAUAAAAGACUGUCCAUCUAAUGUAUUACACAUUUAUGCUACAAACAAAGAGGUGGACAAACACAAUUCAGCAACUGUAACUGCUCUUCAUUCUGAUAUCAUAAAUAUUCAGGCCGAAGACUACAGAAAAGACCCACGAAUGGGUGAGAUGGUCCUCCUGGCAGAUAUGAUGAAAGGCAACAAAAGAGAUUUACCUGAUAACAUACAAGCUGCACCUGGAGUGCGUGUUAUGAUUAUUAGAAAUUUGGAUGUUGAAGAUGGGCUUGUUAAUGGGACAUUUGGAACAAUCACGAACAUUGUGACAACCACACAGGAUGGACCAAAAACUGUGAAUCUCAUUGGACUUACGCUGGACAAUCAAAAUUCUGGGCAAAAAUUUCGCAGAAAAAUACAAGGAUCCUCAGACAACCUGGUAUAUAUUGAGAAAUGUGAAGAAUCUACAAGUAAAAAAGGAGUUCUUCGCAGGCAAUUUCCAAUGAAGUUGGCCUUUGCAUGUACAGCUCACAAAGUACAAGGCAUGACAAUGGAGUCAGCAGUAGUAUGUUUGAAGCGUAUUUUUGAACCUGGAAUGGCCUAUGUUGCACUCAGCCGCACAACCUCACUUAAAGGACUCUACAUCACAGACUUUGAUGGAAGGAAAAUCUAUGCUGAUCCUGCCAUCACAGAUGCACUCAAAAAUAUGAGACAUGCAUCAUUUGAGAAUGCAAGACCACUGUUGCAAUUCUUAAAAUCAGUUGUCCCCACAGUCCCCACGCUGACAAUUAUCCAUCACAAUGCACAAGGUCUCCCAACUCACAUGGAGGACAUGAGAUGCCACCAUGAACUCAGCCUUGCUGAUGUUUUAUGCAUAACAGAAACUCACUUGUCUGGAUCAUCAGUUUCUCCCCGCUUCCAGCUGGAACAGUACAACAUGGCCACACGCAACAGACACGUCUCUUACACAAACCAUACAGACAUGGCAAAGGUAAAUGGCGGUGGAGUUGCAAUGUACUACAAAACAGUUCUUACAGCAGAGUCUCGAAAAUACCUGCAAAAUGUGACUGACCUUGAAUUUGUUGUUAUCAAGGUUGAAUCGCCAGUCACAGCUUUGAUAGCAACUGUAUACAGGCCACCAAAUUACAGCCACGUGAGGUUUUUACCACAAAUGCAAUGUCUUUUGGACUCAUUGGAAAUGAUGAAUUGCCAACCAAUUAUUGUUUGUGGAGACUUCAAUGAGGACCUUAUGAGCAGAGGAAAAAACCCAUCCAAGAACUGUUUCAGUCAAGAGGAUAUGCACAACUUAUUACUGCUGCAACUACCGAAAAACACACAUUGAUUGAUCACCUUUACAUAUCACAGCCAUACGCCUGCCUCCAGUCAGGUGUUCUGAAUACAUAUCACAGUUAUCACAACCCCAUUUAUUGUGUAAUUCACUAACACAAAAUGACUGCAAGGUUGUGAGGGAUAUGGACUUGCCAAGUGAUCUUAGUGUCUUUGCAACUGAGCACACUCUACCAGCAACACUGACAGCUCACCAGUGGGAGCUGAUAGAUAAGACUGCUCUCAUCCAUCGAAGAGCUGACCAGAAACGUGAACAGAAAGACUGCAACUGCACCUGAUGGGAUCCCUGCCAUAACAGAUGUGUUCUGUCCAGUGAAGGCAGUGGAGAAGCCCUACACUGAUCUUGAAACUGUGCCACGCUACUAGAAACCGGCUACAAGGAUGGGCAA